GACUUUCCGAGCUGGUGGCCUUGGCCGAGCAGCUUCUCAGGCAACCAGAGCCACAACAGCUGGCACUUCUGGUGCAGCAGCUGCAGGCCUUUGCUGCGGCAGAACUGAGACGUGGUGCCGCCCUGUCCGGCCCGACAGCCCGAGCCUUCGCUGAAGUAGCCACAGGUGCAGGCGAUGCGCUGCGCGGGGGUGCUGAGAAGCAGCUGCGCUGGGCAGCCGGAGCUGCCGCAUCCUUGCUGUUGACUUAUAGCAUUAGCCUGCAGCCUGCUAUGGCGGCGGAUGUCGUGAACUACUCGGACUUCAUGGAUUCCGUCAACCGCGGUGAGGUCGAGAUGGUCCGCGUUCAGGAUGAUCAGCUGUCUGCACAGUACACCACCAAGGAUGGCGCUCGCCAUGAGGUGAACUUGAUUCCCAAUGCUCAGGUCGAAGACCAAUUGUUUAAUACGCUCGCGCAAAAGAAGGUGGAUGUCGUCAUGCAAACCCCUGGGACCAACAGUGGUGGACCGUUGGACUUCCUCGCUCGCUUUGCCGGCCCCAUUGCAUGGCUCAUCGCCGGUCUGCUCGUCCUGUUCGGAGGUGCGGGGAUGGGAGGGCCUGCCGGACCCGGGGGGCCAGGCGGCAACCCUUUCGAGCUGGGAAAGUCGAAGGCUCGCAUCAUCAAGGAUGGGGACACGAAGGUCAAAUUCGCAGAUGUGGCUGGAUGCGACGGUGCCAAGUUGGAGUUGGUGGAGGUCGUCGACUUCCUGAAGCACACCUCGCGCUACUCGGAUCUCGGCGCCAAGAUCCCCAAGGGCGCCCUCCUCGUUGGCCCACCGGGUACAGGCAAGACGCUACUGGCCAAGGCCGUCGCCGGUGAAGCUGGUGUGCCCUUCUUCAGCAUCUCUGCCUCGGAGUUCGUGGAGAUCUUCGCAGGCAUUGGCGCCUCGCGGGUGCGCGACCUCUUCGAGCAGGCCAAGAAGUCCGCCCCGUGCAUCAUCUUCAUCGAUGAGAUCGAUGCGGUCGGCCGUCAGCGCAGCGCAGGCUUUGGACAGGGCAACGACGAACGGGAGCAGACGGUGAAUCAGCUUUUGACCGAGAUGGAUGGCUUCGAGGCGAACAAGGGUGUCGUGGUGAUCGCGGCCACGAACAGGGCAGACAUCCUUGAUCAAGCCUUGGUGCGUCCCGGGCGCUUCGAUCGCCAGAUCCAGGUGGACCCACCUGACGUGCAGGGCCGCUCCGAAAUCUUGAAGGUCCAUGCCAAGGGUAAGAAUCUGGCGCCCGGCGUCGACCUUACUGCCAUUGCCAGACAGACGCCCGGCAUGUCCGGCGCGGACCUUGCCAACUUGUUGAACGAGGGCGCCAUCACGGCGGCACGCCAGAACAAGAUCAGCAUCGUUCCUCGUGGACCAGCUGGUGGUGUCACCAUCUUCAUGCCUUCCGAAGACAGGCUCAACUCUGGACUGUACUCGAAGGAGUUCUUGGAGAACCGCAUGUGCGUCGCGCUUGGUGGCCGUUUGGCUGAGGAGAUCAUCAACGGAAAGGACAAUGUGACCACUGGUGCCUCCAAUGAUUUCCAGCAGUGCACGCAGGUAGCAAAGCAGAUGGUCAUGUCUCUGGGCAUGUCUCCGGAGAUUGGCCAGCGACUUCUCGGAGGACAGCAGGGAGGAGGACCUUUCAUGGGCCGUGACUUCAUGGGCCAGGGCGCCCCUCCCAUGUCGCAGGCUCUGAAGCAGAAGGUGGAUGGCGAGGUGAAGCGCAUCGUUGAUGAGCAGUACCAGCGUGGAAUGAAGCUGCUGCGGGAUAACAUGUACCUCCUGGAUGAGCUUGCCAAGCUUUUGAUGGAGGAGGAAAAGGUUUCUGGGGAGCAGCUCAUGAAGCUGAUCAAUAAGGCAGCAGCAGAGGGCAAGCUCAUCAUGGGCAAUUCUCAAAUGGCUGUGGCAGCCUACACGGGCGAGGUAAUCGAGACGACGGCUGAGGUUUCAAUGCCUCGUAAAACACAGUGCGUCCACCCGGACAAGCCGAUGAUGCUUCUCGGUGGGCAGUCUUUUCGCGCUUGUCACUGCCUGUCCGGUCUACGGUUCGCGUGCGCCGACUGCCCUCGUCGUGGCUUCUGUGGCUCCACGCGUGCGGCGCCGCGGGAUGGCAAGGCUGCCCGCAGCGCUGUUGCCCGGCUCGGGCUGGCAACAGAGGCGGAGAGCCGAGAGGGCCGAGAAUCGACCAGCGAGGAAGUGAUGCGCCGAGUGAAAGACAUGGCCUCGGAGGCCUCCACAGCUUCGCUGCCUGACCAUGUGGUGAAGCACGCCGCGGUGCAGGUCCUCGCCGCCCUAGCCGCCACCGCAGCACCGCUCGCAGCCAAGGCAGACGACGUCCCCGCACUGCAGUCUGUGGGAGCUCCGCAAAUGCAAAUGCAGCAGCCUGGUGGGGGUGUUUUCGCCGGAGGCACAGGGCGGGUGACCUACUCCCGUCUCCUCGAGUUCGUGGAUGAGGUCUCUGUGAAGCGUGUGGACUUCUACGACCUUGGGCGCACGGCGGUUGCCACCCUUUCUGUGGGUGGCCGCGAGCAGCAGUUUGUGUGCGAUCUUCCUGGAGCCACCACAGGCCUUAUCGAGAAGCUCACGGCAAAGGGCAUUUCCAUCGAGGUCCACCAGCCCGAGAAGCCCAACCCUUUGUUCAACGUGCUCGGUGACGUUGCCUUCCCACUUCUGCUGAUCGCCGGCCUGCUCUUCCUGCGCUCCCGCACUCCUGGUGGCGGUGGCAUCCCAGGCUUUGGCAACCAGGGCCAGGCGAAGAUCAUGAUCACUCCAGAGACGGGCGUGAAAUUUGAAGACGUGGCCGGGAUUGACGAGGCUAAGGAAGAGCUGAUGGAGAUUGUGGAUUUCCUUAAAGCGCCAGAGAGGUUCGUGAAGGUUGGCGCCAAGAUUCCCCGUGGCGUGCUGCUGACAGGACCUCCUGGCACUGGCAAGACGCUGAUGGCCAAGGCUCUCGCUGGCGAGUCUGGCGUGCCAUUUAUCCAGUCAUCCGCCUCUGAGUUCAUCGAGCUCUUCGUCGGUGUGGGUGCUUCUCGCGUGCGGGACAUCUUCAAGCAGGCGAAAGAGAAA